AACUGGGAGGAACUGGAGACACCGGGAACCGGGGUGGGGCCCGGGAAGGGGCGCUGGGGACCCAGCGGGGAUGGGGCCGCGCUGCUGGCGCGCGCUCUUCUCGGGCCGCCUGCUGCUCCUCACCAACAGCCUGAGCUGCGGGGGGCUCCUGGCGGCCGGGGACGGCCUGCAGCAGCACUGGCAGCGCCGCCAGCAGCCCGAGAGCCAGCUGCAACUGGGACGGACUGGGAGGAUGUUUGUGGUGGGCUGCAGCCUGGGGCCGCUGAUGCAUUACUGGUACCUGUGGCUGGACUGGGCUCUGCCCGCCCGCGGCGUGCGCAGCCUCAGGACGGUGCUGAAGAAGGUGUUGAUCGACCAGCUGGUGGCAUCGCCCACCAUGGGAGCCUGGUACUUCAUGGCCAUCGGCACCCUGGAGGGCCAAUCUCUCCAGGAGAGCUGGGACGAGCUGAAGGAGAAAUUUUGGGAAUUGUACAAGGCCGACUGGAGCGUGUGGCCGGCGGCGCAGAUCCUCAACUUCCUCUUCGUGCCGCCCACGUACCGCGUGAUUUAUGUCAACGUGGUGACCCUGGGCUGGGACACGUACCUGUCCUACCUCAAACACCGGCCCCGCGGCGCCGGGCAGGAGCCGCCGCGGCAGAGCCAGCGCAGCGCCGGGGCCUAGAGAGGGACCAGGCUGUUCCAGAGGAUCCUGGAAAACGCAUUUCUGGGCAUCGUGGAGCGCCCCAGCUGAGGGAGCGGAUGGCCAGAGCCGGUGCCUGCUGCUGAUUAAUUCAUCUGCUAAUUACAGCCGUGGGGUGGGGUUGUAACAAUCUCUUGGUGCAGGAUAACCUGUAAAUUGAUUUCUUCUGGGAUUUGCCUGCGGAGCCGGGGUGAGGAGGAGCUGCUGCAGCCCCUGGGAAGGGUCCUGGCUGGAUUUGUUCCUUCUCCAGAGCAAACCAGUCCCGUGCUGCUCCUCCAGCACCUUCCAUUCACCCAGAUCCCCACCAAGUAGGCAUUGGGAAGGAAUUCUUCCCCGUGAGGGUGGGGAGACGUUGGGAUGGAAUUCCCAGAGCAGCUGUGGCUGCCCCUGGAUCCCUGGAAGUGUCCAGGGCCAGGUUGGAGCAGCCUGGGACAGAGGAAGGUGUCGCUGCCCAUGGCAGGGGUGGGAUGAGAUGGGAUUUAAGGUCAUUCCAACCCAAACCCACUCUGUGCUUCACUCUGGCUGCCCCUCUGCUCUUCCCUGCAGCUCCUCUCUCCUUCCCCUCCUGCUUUUUCUCUUCCAGCUCAAGGAUAAAAUCACUCCACUCCCCCCGAGCUGCCUCAGCUCCCGUUUUCCCUCCGGGCGGGGGCUGCAGCCACCUGGAUCCUCUAUAAAUAGGGAUGUGAUUGCACCCGUUGGCUCUGCGGCGCUCGGGAGGCGGCGGGGGGGGGUUGGAGCCAAAUUUUGGCAGAGUUUGGGCCAUCACAUCCCUCUGCUCCCAGCCCUGGGCAAGCUGGAUGCUCCCUGCAUAGCCCAAGAACUGAAUUAUUUCCAGUGUCAAUGAAAAUUGCCUGAAUGGGUUUGAUUUUUUUUUUUUUUUUUUUUUUUUUAACUUGAUUUUUAAAGCUGUGCCUUAAUGCUCUGCCCUGCUCCCUGCUGUCACACACGGGGAGGACUCAACUCCUCCCUCAGCAGCAGCAAGGAGCCAUUUGGGGGAUGAUAAUUUAAAAAAAAAAAAAAAAAAAUCCGAUUAAUUUUGCUCCUCUCUGGCAACUCAGGGACCCCGAGGAACUUCUGAUCAGCAUUGGUUUAUUUCUUCACAACAUUUUCUUUUAAUACAGUGAUUUUUAGGAAAUUGUACUCUUUUUGACACUUUUGACAUUUGUACAGUACAGUGUAACUCUUCCAUAAGUAAACUUCACAAAAAAGAGGAGGAGGGGAGGGAAAAGGGGAGGGAAGGAGAUGGAAUCAUGGUUGGGGGGGGGGGAGGAAAUAGAGGGAAAUCUGUAAAAUAAAGACACAGCGCUCCAGGAAAAAUAAAUAAAGGGCAGCUCUGUCAUGGCUACGGGAAUAUCCACUUAUUCACAGUCUCCACAGAAGCACAGAACUACAGGAACACGAGAUCCCAAAUCCCUGGAGCAAACCAGCCACGGUCCUAACCCUGCUCACCCCCCACGAGCCCAACCCGGGGCCGAUUCGCUCCAGUUGGCUCGGCCUCGCUGAUGUAUUGAAUUAAUUUUUCAUUUUAAAUCUUAUUUAAAUAAUAA